AUGUACACGUUCAGGGCCGCGUCACCAUGGGAGACAGGGCUGCGGGGGGACGCGACGCACGGCGAGCGUGCUGACGUCCUCGAGCCCCGCCCCACGGCACCGCCCGCCGACCUCUGGCCCGUGGCCCUAUGUCUUCUGGCUGCGACGCCGGUCCUCCGCACGCUGCGGGGCCGCAGCCGACGGGCGGUGGGCGCCCGAGGGGCCGGGAGGCGAGCCGGGGCCCCCAGGCGGGUGUGGGCAUCGUGUCCGCAUCCAGCGUCCCCGAGGCCGCGCUCGGGCCAUGAUGACUCAGUGAAGCUGCGCCGGGACAGCGCGGCCGACAUCUUUCCGCGCUCUGAGGACCUGUGCGCGCUGCAGGACUCGGUGCCUCUGCCCUCCGUGCGCGCUCCCCUACAGGAGGGCCUGCUGGACUUAAGGCCGACCGCCUCCGCGGAGUGCACUGGGCGCCACUCCUCAGCGCCCGCUGCCCCUGAUCUGUAUCUAGAGCUUCUUCCAGCCACGACUUGUCGAGACAGGAUCUGGGGUUCACACCUUCUGUUAUCUCUUCUGCAAGGACAGUUCAACUCAUCCCCUGGUGAAGAGAAGUCAGAUUAUUCUUUGCAUCCCCUUCAGGUUGUGACAGAAGAAGAGUUUACAGAAGUCGUGUUCCUGCAAUAAGAAAUAAAGAUGUGACCUUCCAGUUGUGUAAAGCUCAUAAAUGCUGUGUAAGUGUGUCGGGUGCGCUAAGGAACGUGGAGCUAAGUGGGCUAGUUGUGAGAGAGAGAGACUUAACUAUGUUAACAAAGACACUCAGGUCCAUCAGAAUUUCCUGUGACUGUGACAGUAGAGAGUCCUUCCUCCUCAGAAGUCGAAGAGGCUGAUGAUUCCUCAGAACGUGUUCAGGAAGAGCCAGACAAAACCCGUUUGAAACAAGAAGCAGUGCAGGUGACUGGAUAAACAAACUUGGUAUUCGAGAUGAUGGAUACUUCAGGUGAUAAAAGGGAAGAAACUAUAGAUUCACACAACAACAUGGAUGAAUCCUAAAUGCAUGUUGCUAAGUCAAAGAUGCCAAAUUCAAAAGUCUACAUAUUGUAUGAUGCCGUUUAUUCAACAUGCUGGAAAAGACAAAUUAUAGGGAUGGAAGACAAAUCAGCAUUUGUCAGAGGUUGGGAGUGAAUGACUACAGAGGCCACUCACAGAGAAUAUUUUAGGUUGAUGAAACUGUACUGGACGGUAGUAGGCAUAAGAUACAUGACUACGCAUUUGUCAAAACACAUAGAAUAGUACAUCACAGGGUGAACUUUAAUGUAUGCAAUUUUUAAUCAGUAUCCUGGAUGUAAUGCAUACUGUGACAAAUUUAACUGUAUUCCCAAUAUAUGAUAAAACGGCACUGAAGGAGGUGGAGAAAAAGGAACUGACAUAAGUGACUUUGGAAAAUGAUGUUUUGAUUGGUAAAUACAAGACUAGGCGCGAAAAUAACUGUACAUAAACACAAUUUUAGUUGGUAAGUUUGUUUCUCACAGGAAUACAGUUAAGAAAUCUGAAAACACAUUUACACUAGUGUAGAACAAAUAAGUAAAUAAAUGGUAAAUAAUUUGAGUCAGGUUUCUCACUGUUAGUAAAAGAAGUUACAAAUAAGCAAGAGGCAAAAGCUAGAAUGAACCAUGUGAUACUGGAUUAGAGUCAGACAUUAGUAUGAACUCAUCUUUAAUAGGUAUAGAGAUAGACACCUAGAGAAAUGAUUAUAGAUAUGAGUGUAUACAUUGGUUAAUAUACAUGCAUAUAUUUCAUAACUUUGCGGAGAGACAAGAAACAAUGACACCAAGUAGCAACAAACACAUCUAGCAUCCAGGCCUUAGUUUCUAAACAUGGUUCUCUAAAAUAACAAAAACCAAACAUCCUUGGAGAAAUGACUAAUUCUAGGCCUGGGGCAAUGAAAACACAAGAUGAGCCUGGAGCAUUAUGUAGUGCCAGGAAAUAAGGCAGCACUCAAAAAUCAAAAGGAUAGAGGCAGAUCAAAGGGACACAAGAACCCAACUGAAGGAGCACCUGAUGGCCUAAGCUGGAACAAUUUGAGUCAUAAAAUUAAUUAAAGUUAUAGAGAAAUAUAAAAUAACUAUUCAUGAGUCCAUACUGACAUAAAUAACUGAACACAUAGAUAAAUGGGGAAGAAGGUACAAAUCUUUCUUACAAAGAAUUUCAAAUAACAUAUGUAAAUACUCUUCCCUCCAGGAGAUGGGGCUUAAACUCCCUCUUAGGAGUAUUGGCUGGAUUCCAAAAGAUAGAUUAUGGAAAAGGAACAAUAGUAACUUCACAGUGAAGAAAUCUGGCAGACCUCACCUUAACCAAGUGAUCAAGGUUAACAUCACCAGUAAUAAGUCAUUACUGACACAAGGUGAUGAGAAAGACAUUUCACCUUUAUGGUAAUCUUCCCCAAAACCCAAAAAACCCUGGUCUGUCUAAUCAUGAGAAAAACAGCAAACAAACCCAAAGUCAGGGCCAUUCUACAAAAGACUGGCCAGUACUUCUGAAAACUAUAAAGGUUAUGGGAAACAAGGAAAGGCUGGGAACCUGUCAGAGACCAUAGAAGAGAGAUUAUAACUAAAUUCAAUGUGAUAUACUUGAUUAGAUCCUAGAACAGCAAAAAGACAUAAUUGUAAAAAAAAAUCGAUAAAUCUGAAUAAAGUCUGGAGUUUAGCUAAAAGUAAUGCACCACUGUCUUUUUAGUUUUAACAUAUGUACUACAUAAAAUAGUAACAUUAGAGUAAGAUGGGUGAAAAGUACAUGAGAACUCUCUGUACUAUUUCUGCAACUGUUUGAUAAAUCUAAUAUUCUCAAAAAAAGGUUUAGUUUUUAACUGCAUAGUUGCACUGCAUUAUGAUGAAUCAACACAGAAUAGCUAUUAAGCAUAGUAGAAACUGUAGCUCCUGUAAAAUGCAGAUUUGCAGACCCCCCCUCUCCAUAUAAAUUGUAUCAGAAUUUUCUAGAAAUGGAGCCAAGAAUCUGCAUUUCAUAUAGCUAUAGGUGAAUCGUAUGCACACCAAAAUCUGAGGAUUCCAUUUCUAGAGCCCUGUGCCUUUUAUAGUCCCAAAAGACUUUUAAAGGCUUUAAAAACCAAAGUAGUAAUGGUAUUAUCCAAAGUAACCCAAUUUGAGGAAAGUCAAAAUUCAGCAUAUGCAAGAUAGGUAAGGAAAGAUAAUAUGUAUAUAACUGGUGGGCACACAGGAUAACAGGUUCAUGAUAGUUUGGCAAGUGGAUUCAAAGUAUGGUAAGUAUCCAAGUGGCAGCUGAAAGACUAAAAGUGGAAGCAACUUGCUUAUUCAAUCAACCCUUCCUGGGUUGAAGAAAAGUGAUAUUGCUAUGGAGUGCAGAGAAAUUACAACGGGCCUGUUCAAUCAAUAGGCAGCAACUGCCUUAGUAUGAAGUGAUACUACAAAAAUGAAUAGUGCUGUACUGACAACCAAAACCAACACCACCAAGCUAAUACACAAAUGCUCAAGCAAGUUGAAAGGCUCUGACUGGAGUACUAUAGAAUGAACAGAUGAACAAGGGAGUGAGAAUUAACUAUGAAAAUCAACGUGAUGAAACUCACUGGUUAAAUGAAGCCUAAUUGGUCUUGAGUAUGACAUCCUAUGUACCUCUGCCUACCCUCAGUUGCCUACCACGUUUACUGUGGUAGACUUCAUGCUGGCUCAGGGCACCAUUUUUGAGCCCCAACAGAUUCAAGUAGUCCACAACCUUGCUGCCUCCUCCACCCACACAGCAUAUGCCAGCCCUCCUCUGAUACCCAAUCACAUUCCCUCUGAAUGAACCCACUUCGGCAUUCUUCUGCCUGCAUCAGCCAGCCCUCACUCAUAUUUACCAUUUAUGAUGGUUAAUUUUACAUGUAAACUUAGGCUAUGGUGUCUGGUUCUUUGGUCUAGAAGCUGCUGUGAAGGUAUAUUUUAGAUGUGAUUAACUUGUAAAUCAGUAGACUUUGAGAAAAGCUCAAUCCCUCCAUAGUGUGCUGGACAUCAUCCAAUCAGUUGAAGGCCUUAAGAAUGAAGACUGAAGUCCUCCCACGAAUAAAGAACUAUGCCUCCAGACUGCAAUAGAGAAAUUCUGUCUGAGUUUCUAGCUUUUGGACUCAAGACUGCAACAUGAACGUUUACCUUAAUUUCCAACCUGCUGACCUACCCUGCAGAUAUCUGACUUGCCAAGCCCCACAAUCACAUAAACCAAAGCCAAUAGCCAAUUCCUUAAAAGAAAUCACCCCUCCCCACAUAUAUACAUUUGAUCCUUGGACAACAUGGGGGUUAGGGUGCAGUUAAAAACUGCAUAAUCCGGUUCUGCGUCCGCAGAUUCAACCAACCAUGAAUCGUGUAGCACUGCAGUAUUUACUGAAAAAUAUCCGUGUAUAAGUGGACCCACACAGUUCAAACCCAUAUUGUCCAAGGGUCAACCGCAAUAGGAUAUUUUACUCUAUUAUAUAAAAUACAAUAACCUAUUAUAUAUCCAAUCCAAUCCAAUAUAAUAUAAAUAUCCUAUUAGGUCUGUUUCUCUGGAGAACCCUAACUAAUAACACUAUUCUGAUCAUUUUUCUACCAGUAACACUGUAACCAUCUUCUCUUAUAAUGAAAUACACUGCAGCUAUUUUACCAUUGCUACACCCAAUGAUAUUUUUUCUUAGUAAGGUAUGAUAUUUAGAUAAGUUAUAAUCAAUAUAUAGACUGAGAGAUUCCCAUUUUGUUCUUUGCACCAAAUAGCAUAGAAUCAAUAUUCCAUAUCCGGGCUGAGUAUCAGAAUUACUUGUGGCACUUCUUAAAAGUACAGUUGAUCCUUGAACCACACGGACUUGGACUGGGUGGGUUCACUUAAUCUACAGUACUACUCAGUCUGGGGUUGACUGAAUAUGAAGAUGUUCAACCAUAGAUACGGAAGGCCGAUUGUAAAGUAAUACCUGAAUUUUCGACUGUGUGAGGGUCCACACCCCUAACCCCAAAGUUGUUCAAGGGUCAACUGUACAUAAGCCAGAGAUCAACCCUGAACUUGCUGAAUCAGAAUUUCCUCAACUGAUUUUGAUUCACAGCCAACGGCUGAAAUCCCUGGGCAUAAAAUCAUUUGACCACAGUAUCUGCAACAGGAUCUAGUCCAAGGUCACUUUUUUAAAUAGAGAACUUGAGGUUAAGGGAGAAUAAAUUACAUAUUCAAAUUCCCAAAAAGGGUAAGAAUGAACAGUAUCGGGAUGCUAUGUUUUUCAUAUUUCUAUAAAGUACCUUUUAUUUUCUUAUAUAGACAUUUCCAGAAAAAAGAUAACAAGUGGCAUUCCAAUCACUCAGUGCACACAGUUAUGCAUAUCUUAUCAUCUGAUCCACAGCUCCAGUUCACUAAUAUAGAUAGAUUAUAAUAUUUAGGAAAUAAAAAGAGACAGCUCUAUUUUAUAAGGUAGCUCAUGCCAUGUACACAUGAAACUAUCUGGUAUAUAGUUAGAAGACCUCGUAAAUAGCUAAAAUCUUGGCUAUUAAUUGUGUUGUAAUAAAACUUUGAGGACAUGUAAAUGGUAUUAUGUUAUGUUUGAUGAUUUAAUCAAAGAAGGGUGACAUCACUUUCCUAGUGAUGGAACUUCGGUAGAUGCAUUCAAAGAGCUAACAUAAAUCUUAGCUUAUUUUCUAGUAGCUAGCAAAAAACUUCCCAAAUCACUUCAUAUUGUGGAUAUGAAAACACAAAAUAAUGAAUAACCUCAGUUUUCCACUACCGCUGACUUCUAAUACUCCAUGGCUUCUAAUACAAUAUUUGUGUUUUUUAAAAAAUUAAAAACUGACAGAGUAUAUACAUACACAAUCACCUAAGAUGCAUGUUUCCACUAAUGUCUACUUUACCUAACUAACGUCCAAUAUUGGAAGGGUAGGCAAAAAUAUUCAAUAUUAUUAUUAUUUUUAAAUUAUACCACUCUAACCCUAAUUAUAAAAUACAGAAUACUAUUCUAUAUUAAUAAUCAUAUCUCUUUAUAAUAAUUUACUACAUAUAUAUUCAUACUACAAUCCACAUUAAGGUACAAAUUUUAGUGAACACUAACAUUAGUGAUCAAAGCCCAAUAUGUACGUACAAAUGUGUGCACUCCAUACAUACAUACACACAACAUGGUUUCCUAAGAUGUCACUGAACGUAUCACAAAAUGUGAAUUGAAAUGUUAUUUUGUAGAGAGUUCUAAUAUUAUAUUAUUGCCUGUUUUCGCUUGUUCAUUUGACGCAACAGCAUUCUUUUGCAAGAAGACAGUCUGAGGGAUGCUCUACAUCAUCCAGCUAUGAAACAGUUUUAUAAACCCAAGUGUCCCAUAGAGACAUUUACUCCAAUGAACUGGUAUAAUUCAAAAUGUAAUCUAACCAAACAUGCUUAAUAGUCUGGCUAGGAGAAGCAAUACCAUGGUUUAUAGAAUAGUGUCUCUGGAAAGAAAAGGAAGUGGACUCUUGGUUCUGCAUAAAAUCUUGUUAAUCCUAUUUCCAUUUCCCCCUCCUACAUUUGUAACAACUGAAUAAACUGAUUAUUAUUUUUUA